UAGGGUAGAAUAAAAUGAUAAAAACAUUAAAUAAAAAGAACGGAAUAAAGAUAGAGGGCCGUUAAAGUUGUUUAUCGGAACAGAGCUCAUAAAUUGAGCGAAAUAAUCGUGACAUAAUUAUAAAUGAAAAUUUAUAAAGCACGAUUUUAUCAUUAAAAGGGCGUUUAUUAUUUGUUUUCUUAUAACAUUCAGAGAUAACAUUCAGUCUAAUUACACUUACAGACAAAUGAUCAGAAAUGCAUCGUCAUAAACUUGCUGUCUGUUUUAAUAUGAAGUCCAAAGUUCAGAGUAUUUGCGCAGCCAAAGCAAGGACUGAGUCGAUAAUUAAGACAUAAUCUUACGUGAUUAAUCAUUCAACAAACGCUGUAAAAAAUGAUCAGCAGUUCCUACACUUGUCAUGCCCAUCGUGAGCAGAGUUUGACUAUGUGAUAUACGAAAAGGUGCAGCUUUAAUUCAUGAGUCUUGAGUAAAAACUGUGGGAUUUGCAUCUGCUUUAUAUGUCUAUUUCAGAAAUACCUCUCACUCUAUAGCAUCGAGAUAUCCAUCGCUUUGACUCGGAGUAAAAUAAUCAUGGAUGUUCAUAAUCUUCCCAAGACUGAAAGAACUCGAAGCCAAAGUGAGAUUUUGAGACACCGUUCUUCAUUAGUAAUCUCAAGAACUCUUGAUUCACCAAAUCGGACCAGAAGCGAUCCUUGCCUAAACCCGAAUGGACCUGUUAGCCCUUCAACGAUUUGCAACGCAGCAUACGAAACUUUUGGGGAGCUUGAUGAAAUCAACAACAUUAACGCUGAAAAUUUGACUUCAGAUUGGAGUAAUCAUUCAGACUUUGAAAGUUCGAACGAAAGUCACUCAUCUAAGAGUAACAAUGAGUCAGUCUCUACACAUUUUGCUUGCUCGAUAAAUCGUUAUAAAGGCGUGACACUAGCCCUGCUUUCAACAAUAAUCCUGUCUUUCGCAACAUUGACGGUGGCACUCCUUAGUGGAAGAGUGUCAUCCAACGAGGUGGUCUUUGCACAGAUGCUUGUUGAAUUGUUGUUCUGCUUGCCAUUAGCAGCUCUAGAAAAGGUGUCCGUUAUUCUUUCAGGGAAGGCUCUCUACCUUGUCCUGUUUCGCUCUAUAAUGGGAUCGAUCGGCACGACACUUGCUUUCUUUGCUUUUCAGGUAAUGCCAAUCGGCAAUGCUAAAGCGAUUAUCUAUAGCUCACCAGUAUUCACCGGACUCUUCAGUUGCAUUUUGCUUCAUGAACCUUGCCCUGCCCUGGAUAUUCUGUUAUCUACCUUGACACUGUCCGGUGUUCUAUUGGUCAUCCAGCCGCCUUUUAUCUUCGGAGGAGAACAGACAUCCACGAACAUCCUAGGACCGAUCUUUUGCCUCAUUGUUGCAGCUAUGGUCGGCCUUGUCUACAUUAGCCUUCGGAAGAUUGGAUCGUACCGGAUCCAUCCAAUUGUAAUCUUGAUAUAUUUUUCGUCCGUUGGAAUGGUAAUGAGUGCAGUCUUGUCUACUGCCCUCCGCGAGUGGGUCAUACCACGAUGUGGCAGAGACCGUAUACUGCUCAUUCUCACAGGAGCUCUCCAGUUGAUGUCCCAAAUCUGUAUAACUUUGGCUCUGAGAUACGAGAAAGCUACGACCGUCUCUCUCAUCAGGACAUGCGACGUCCUUUUUACGUUUAUCCUUGACUAUUUUUUCUUCGCGAUUAUCCCAAAUGCCAUAACGAUAUCUGGCGCGCUGUUGAUUGUUGGCAGUCUCGUUGGAAUCGCCCUCCGCAAGUGGCAAACGGAAAAGAAGGAAUUGGGAAAAGCUUCUGAAGAGCAGACGCCAAAACCGGAACUCAAUGAAGGAUUCAGUGGUGACAACGAGUCGAUAACAAGUUCAAGAGAUGCAUAAUACAUUUAAUGACAAGAACUUUGAAAACUUUAACAGGUAAAAACGUGUAGUUAUUAUACAGUCCGAGCCAGAAAAAAACAGAUAACAAAACAAAACUAAGACUUUUUGAUGAUUUAUCAAAACGUAAUGACAAAGACACUUGACCUAUCAAAGUAAAGCUUAAAAUCUUCUCGUUCUUCUGGUUUAACUAUUAAAAGUCACUUAUUCGGUGGUAUAUCUAAAAAUUCAAUAUCUACUCUUUAUUAUACGCAUCCGACAUCACAGAAAAUUGUCAAGAACAUAGUUCUUUUUAUUAAAAUAAUGCUUGAAUUUCAAUUAUGUAAGAAUGAGGACGUUUUACAGACGAGCAGCCUGAAUUUCUCAACACUCGGUUUUGUUGACGAUCAGCCAUGCAUAGUGUAGUAAUCCGUGAAAACACAUUUGCUUAAAGAAAUGUGGGUAUUAUAUCAAAGAAAUGGAUCUUUGAUAGUUGGGAUUUGUGACUCAAUCAUAAUUUCCUCUCAAAUCAAUUUCAUUGUUUUUUAUUUCAUUGUUUUUUAUAUGAUUGAUGCAUGUAUUGAAUUAGUGGGAAAUUGAAUACGACAAGUAAAAAAAGGGGAUAAUUAAUGUGAAAUGAAAUGUAAAAACCUUUAUUUUUAUUAAAUCCUUUGAUCAAAUUGAAGAAAAAAUAAUUGUUUGUUUGGCUGCAAGAUGAGUUCCCCCAUCGUUCUUUAUUACAUAAAAAUGGAAUGCGGUCAUCGGUGUAAAUCACUGUGCAGCAAUACAGUUUACUGGAAGAAUCAUUUGCAUUUGAGUAACGUUUUUUAUAAAUCAUAUAACAAAGGUAAUAAACAUAUAAACCCAGGAUAUCAGUUCUUGUCGAACGAGAAACAGGGUAACAACAGCAUAUAUGACAUAGGUGUGAACAUAACAUUGUAACAGAUACAUGAACGAAACAUAAUUAUAAACAUUGUACAAAUAACAGAACACGAGUGAAGUGCGCAAUUCAGGAAGAAACUCAUUGGAAAACUGCAAAUUCAUUGCAUAUUUGAACAAUUUUGAUAUUCAAUUAAUUAAUUAUAAAUGUGAGCCUGAUAAAUAAUAAGUACAUUUUUAUAAGUGAUGAUCAUAAAUCUCAACUAAAUAUAUGUAUAUUGCAUUAUACAGUUAAAAUCGACAUCCUGCAGAUACAAAGGAUAAGGGUAAAGAAUGAAAGACGGAAAGAGAUAGAGA